AAUCCAGAUGGUCUAAUUACAACCCUCUCUCUCUUCCUCUUUCCAUUCAUUCAGCCUCCUAUUAAUAUCAUGAUCGCUAUCCUGUCAGCAAGAAACGCUGUCAAAAAUAAGGAGAUUGAAGGAGAGAAGGAACGAGGGAGGAAAAGGAGAGAAGGGGAAUCCCCAACAUGAAGAACAACAGGAUGGAAGCGAUCAUGUCUUAAGAUCGAGUGAUAUGAAACCACUGUCUUAUAUGAACUGAUGGAUCUUUUAAAAACACAUACAAAAAACUGACGAUGAGAAAUCAAAAGAUUUCAGCGUUAACAUGUUUUGUAGAAACAGCAGAUCUGGGUCAGUGCCCUGUGCGGAAAAUGUGGUUUUAUGAAAACAUGUUCAAAGCAUUUCUCUUAUUUAUAACAUCAGCAUUGCUUUGUGGGACACUGGAUGGGAUGGAUUCUAUUGAGGGGAACUGCAAUGAUGUCAUCAGACUUCCAUGUAAAGCUACUAGUCGAACAAACAAAUACCGCUACAGCAUGUGGUACAAAGUAAUAAAACAAGAAAGAAUAGCUAUUAUCAAGAAGAAAAACUAUAAUAUUUCAACAUAUAACAACUACUCAGCAUCUUUGGGAGACAAAGAGACUCUGGUGUUACACAGUGUGAACCCAUUAGAUUCUGGAGUGUAUGAGUGCUACCUAGCUGCAGACGUCGGGGGUCAAAAUGUAGAGUCUUCAGUUAGACUGAAUAUUUCAGAAUGUACAUAUCUGACCACAUUGCGUCCUACCACAGCCCCAUGCCAUGAACUACAAUUACCCGUUUCAUGGGUGCUGCUCGGCUUCUCUCUCAUCAGUUUGGUCAAAAUCAUACUUUGCAUUGUUUCUGUGGGAGUGUGUAAUCAAGUUGUAUUUAAAAGAAUACAAAGAAAACAGGAAGUAAGGGGAAUCAAGAGAGGAACAAGGUCAAGCUGGAAGAACUGAAAUUCACAAAAAACCUGAUGGUUUGGCUCUCACUUUCCUUUAAAAACGAUUAAUAUAUAAAGGGUCAUUUAGAUUAAAGGUAGUUUAUUCGAAUGGGAGGUGUGACUAAUAGGAGGCUGAUUUAUAGCUGGUAAGGGAAAAAAUCUGAUAUAAGGCCUCCAUUGUGGUCUUGAUAACAUUUUAUUUACUUAAGUAUUGUUUUCAACAUUGUACAAUUAUGUUUACUGUAAAUAUUUAAAUUAUUAGUGGCAGAAUUUUAUAAAUGAACGUGUUUAUGUAUAAAUGGACAAGCAUUGUUUUAUAAGAUGUUAGACAUUACAUCAGAGGUUUUCAAUUUUUUUGUCAGCCGAAUCCCCUUGACCUGAAUUAUUUACUUGAAGCAUCCCCAGAGAUUUUAAUUAAAUGUUUCAAUAAUUUAAUAAAACAUUCCAUGUUUAACUUCAAAACAUGUACUUUUCAUCUGUUUUAAAGUUUUUAAUAGUUACAGACAGUUAUUAUAACCUGUUAUUGGACCGUCAUCUGGUACAUUAAACAUAUCGUCCAUUUUGCAUGAAUAGGUCAUGGGCCUAUCCACCUUAUUUUCAAACGCAGAAGGCAGCAAUUUACUUCUGUGACAAUUUCCUUUUUUUUGUGUGAGACUUCUGUUUCAAUAGUCGCCUGGUAGAAAACAUGUUGUAUUCAAUUAUUUUGUGUUGUUGCUCGGAGUUGAUGGGACUUUGAUGCACUAUAAAAGCACAGCAGAGGUAUACCACCGGUACAGUGGGAAAGUCAGUUUGAGUGUUUGUACACUUAAAAAAACAAAAAUUUGUGUUUAUGUGUAUGUUUAAAAUGUCCCAACUGUCCCCCUGGGGUGAGUUAUUAU